AUGCGCAGUGGCCCAAUGACAGCUGCCCAAAGACAACAAAGGAAUAUAGAGAUGUCUACUGAAGCUGUUCCAGCAUACAUGCGUGCUAAUAUGAUUGUUAGCCCAUCAAAAGCAAUGUCUCUGAACGCCACUCUUGAUGACACUGAUGAUAUUCUUGAAGACGAGUUAUGGUUCAUCAACUCGUUUACCAAAGAUGGUAUUACCUAUCAAGUUGAAGUUAACAACAAUGUUAUUCUUUCUUGUAUGUGUUAUUCUUGGGCUAGGUACAUGAAGCCUUGUAAGCAUAUUCAUUUGCUCCGUAUCCAUAUGUCAGGCUUUGCUUUUUUGUCUGUGGCUCCUGCAAAUAAUGUGCUGCCAAUCACAAUUUCUGGUGAGCAGUUUGUUAAUUACAACACUAUGUCAAUUGAUGGCACAACGGAGAGCACUGGGCGUGGGUAUUCCAUAGAGGCAUUUGAGUAUGUAAAGAAUUGUUCAUUAACAACUGGACAUAAUGAGCAAGACUUGUAUCAACUGAUGCAGUAUGCUACAGAAGAGGAAGCAGAGGUUAUCAGAGCAGCAUAUGCUGCUCCUAUAAAGGCUUUUCAAGAAAUCAAAGCUAAAUAUGAAGCUCAUUUUAGAACUUUAAAUACACAACGUCAUUAA